AUGGGAGGUCGACCACCUGCCCUAAGAACACUCAAGGAUCUCACUUCUCCAAACCUUGAUCAGCAGCCUUUAUGUAUUCAGCUAAAUGGAACCAUUGAGUUGAAGCCACAAUUUAUUCACUUGCUGCCCAAAUUCAGAGGUUUAGCGGGAAAAGAUCCUAAUCAUCACUUGCAACAAUUCCAUCAUGUUGUGACUAGUAUGAAGCAAGCAACUGCAGAUGCGGAUAUGGCUAUGAUGACAGCGUUUCCUUUCUCCCUUAUAGAUUCUGCAGGAGAAUGGUUCUUUUGUUUACCUCUUGGGAGUAUAACCACAUGGAACGGGAUGAAUAAAUUGUUCCUUGAGAAGUAUUUUCCAGCAUCAAAAGCAGCAGUGAUUCGCAAGGAAAUUUGUGGUAUUGUGCAAAUGUCGGGAGAAACUCUCUAUGAAUAUUGGGAGCGGUACAAGAAGCUUUUAUCUAGCUGUUCACACCAUAAAAUUAGCGAUAAACUCAUUAUUCAAUAUUUCUACGAGGGGUUGCUUUCUAGUGAGAGAAAAUUGAUUGACGCCGCAAGUGGUGGUGCACUCACCAACAAGACCAUUGCUGAAGCUACAAGCUUGUUAGAGAACAUGGCUGCAAACACACAACAAUUCUUCACUAGAGCUGAACCAAUGGUAAGGAAGGUGAAUGAAGUUGGUGAAUCUUCACAUUUGGAACAUAGAAUGGGUAACAUGGUGAAGAUGAUUCAUCAAAUAGCAGCAGUUGUCAUACCAUCAUCAUACAACGAAGAUGUUGAGCAGGCAAGUGCUAUGUACCAAAAUCAGCAAAGGCCGACGUAUGAUCCGUAUUCCAACACAUACAAUCUCGGCUGGCGAGAUCAUCCCAAUUUCAGCUACGCCAAUAAGCAAGCUUCAGUCUCUAAUCCUCCUUUCAAUCAACAAAGUGGGUACCAAUUCUUUCAAAGUCCACGUCAAGAAACUCAAGGCACGAGUAUAGAUGACAAGUUGAAUCUUAUUCUCAACACACUGGCGCAAGACAAGCAAAAGUCAGAAAUGGAUAUGAAGGACAUACGAACACAAAUGGGUCAACUAGCUACUACCGUGAGCAAAUUGGAAGCACAAGAAGCUGGAAAACUUCCUUCAAAACCAUUAAAUCAUAAGGAAAAUUCCAAUGCUAUUAAGUUACGAAGUGGGAAGCAAGUAGAGAAGCCGGAAAUAUCACCGGUGUCCCAUGAACCUGAUUUGGAGAAAUAA